GUCUCAGUCCUUUCUCAAUCAUCUGGGAAUGUGACUACAAGUCAAGCUAAACAAGCCGGCACUAAAGUCCAGUCGAGUAGAAGUUUCAACUCCCUCACCCUUCUAACAUAUAUCUUCUUGCACACACAAAUAUUUAACAAACAUACUCAAUUAGAGCAAGAACAGAGACAUGGCUCAAGUUCUUGGAGCCAAAUCUCUGAUUGCUCCUUCUCACCAUGCACUCUUUCUUCUCUGCACCCUCGUAUUUUUGUACACCAACAGCAUAGUAUUCUCAUCAGCACAAGCUACCAACAGAACCGAAGAUGAUCGGCAAGCCCUUCUCUGCUUCAAAUCUGGCAUCUCCAGGGACCCUGCCGGUGUUCUCAGAUCAUGGCGCAAUGAUUCCCUCAACUUCUGCAACUGGCAGGGGGUCACCUGCAGCAUGACCCCUGCAAUCCGUGUCGUGUCCAUCCAAUUCAGGUCUGCGCUGCUCAGAGGAACACUAUCCAGUUGCAUGUCAGGCCUUACUUCUCUAGUUCAGAUGGACCUUCGAAACAAUACAUUGUCUGGAAGCAUACCUGAUGAGAUAGGUGAGCUUCCUGGCCUACAAACUCUGAUGCUUGCCGGCAACAGGCUUGCAGGUAACAUCCCUCUGUCAUUAGGUACAGCUGCAUCUCUUAGAUAUGUCAACCUUGCAAACAAUUCUCUUAGCGGAGUUAUCCCUGAUUCCUUAUCAAACAGUUCGUUACUUAGUGAGCUAAUCCUCUCACGCAACAACUUAUCUGGGGAGAUCCCGGCUAAUCUGUUCAACUCAUCGAAACUAGUCGCUGUUGAUCUCCGGUGGAAUUUUCUCUCAGGAGAAAUCCCACAUUUCCAGGAGAUGGAUGCUCUGCAAUUUCUUAACCUUACAGGGAAUUUACUUUCUGGUACUAUACCAGCAUCUUUGGGAAAUGUUUCAUCCUUGCGUUGCCUCCUGCUAGCACAAAACAACUUGACAGGAUCAAUCCCAGAAACUUUAGGUCAAAUUCCAAGCCUAACAAUUCUAGAUCUAAGUUACAACGGAUUCUCAGGGUAUAUCCCAACCACACUGUAUAAUGUCUCGGCACUCACACUCUUUAGCUUAGGAUUCAACAAUUUUAUUGGACAGAUACCUUCUGAAAUUGGCCACUCGCUUCCGAAUCUCCAAGCAUUGGUAAUGGGUGGCAACAAAUUUCAUGGAUUAGUCCCAGGUUCUCUGACCAAUAUGUCAAACCUCCAAGUACUUGAUCUUUCAAGCAACUUGCUGACUGGUGCGGUGCCAUCUCUAGGAUCCUUGGCAAACUUGAGUCAAUUGCUUCUAGAGAAUAACACACUUGAAGCUGAUGACUGGGCGUUUCUUACCUCGCUGACCAAUUGCACUGAAUUGUUAAGAUUAUCAGUGGAUGGGAAUAUCCUGAAUGGAAGUUUGCCAAAAACAAUAGGCAACCUUUCAAAAAAGCUGGAGCGAUUAAACUUUGGAAGAAACCAAAUUUCAGGAAGCAUACCAGCUGAGAUAGGCAACCUCGUAAAGCUCACUCUGCUUGACAUGGGCCAGAACAUGCUCUCGGGACAAAUUCCCCUGACAGUUUGGAACUUGAGAAACUUGUUUGUCCUGAAACUAUCCAAUAAUAGAUUAUCAGGUCAGAUUCCAUCAGCAGUUGGUAAUCUUCCUCAACUUGGCCAGCUUUAUCUUAAUGCCAACAGUUUGUCUGGAAACAUACCGGCAGCUAUAGGACAAUGUAAAAGGCUAGCUAUGCUAAACUUAUCAGUCAACAACCUUGAUGGAUCCAUACCGAGUGAGCUCCUCAGUAUUUCUUCACUUUCCCUUGGUUUGGACUUGUCAAACAAUAACCUGGCAGGAUUGAUACCACAAGAAAUUGGUAACUUGAUCAAUCUUGGGUCAUUAAGUGUUUCCAACAACAAAUUAUCUGGUGAACUUCCUUCUGCACUUGGCCAGUGUGUUGCAAUGGUAUCCCUUCACAUGGAAGGGAACAUGCUUAGUGGGAUUAUUCCUCAGUCUUUCAGUUCACUGAAGGUCAUACAGCUGAUAGAUUUGUCCGAGAACAGUUUAACAGGGCAAGUUCCACAGUUUUUCGGGAACUUCAGCAGCUUAAAUUAUAUUAAUAUAUCGUACAACAAAUUUGAAGGACCAAUUCCGAUUGGUGGUAUAUUUGCAAAUUCAAAUGGAGUAUCCUUGCAAGGCAACACAGGGUUGUGUGAAACAGCUGCUGUCAUAUUUGGACUUCCCAUUUGCCCCACCAAAUCAAUAAGGAAAAGGAAGAUGAAGAUGAAUACACGACUGCUGCUCAUAAUAGCUCCUCCUGUUACUAUUGCUUUCCUCUCAUUUCUCUGUGUUGUUGCCACUAUUAUGAAGGGAAACAAAACUCAACCAUCUGAAAGCUUCAAGGAGACACUUAAGAGGGUGUCGUACAGUGACAUUCUUAAAGCCACCAACUGGUUCUCUCUGGUCAACCGAAUCAGCUCAACUCAUACAGCAUCAGUCUACAUUGGUCGCUUUGAAUUCGAAACAGAUCUAGUGGCCAUCAAGGCGUUCCAUCUUAGUGAGCAAGGAUCCAGAAAUAGUUUUUUCACCGAGUGCGAAGUGCUAAAACACACCCGCCAUCGUAAUCUGGUUCAAGCUAUCACCUUGUGCUCAACAGUGGAUUUUGAUAACAAUGAGUUCAAGGCUAUAGUAUACGAGUUCAUGGCAAAUGGUAGCCUAGACAUGUGGAUACACCCAAGGAUUCACCAAGGCACCCCAAGGAGGUUGCUAAGCUUAGGUCAGCGGAUAAGUAUAGCAGCUGACGUGGCUUCUGCUCUGGACUAUCUGCACAACCAGUUGACACCUCCUAUGAUUCACUGCGAUUUGAAACCAAGCAAUGUUCUUCUGGACUACGACAUGACCUCGCGUGUUGGUGACUUCGGAUCUGCCAAGUUUCUCUCUUCAUGUCGUGGUACACCUGAGGGGUUGGCUGGCUUUGGAGGAACAAUUGGAUACAUUGCACCUGAAUAUGGAAUGGGAUGCAAAAUCUCAACAGGCGGCGACGUGUAUAGUUUCGGGGUACUGCUACUGGAAAUGCUCACUGCAGUGCGACCAACAGACGCACAAUGUGGCAACGCCUUCAGCCUUCACAAGUACGUUGGCCUCGCUUUCCCCGAGAGAAUCGCUGAGGUUUUAGAUCGCAAUAUGCCAUUGGAGGAGGAUGAGGUGGCAGCUUCUCUACGCAUGCAAAACUAUAUUAUGCCUUUGGUCAGCAUUGGGCUGAUGUGUUCCAUGGAAUCACCGAAAGAUAGACCAGGAAUGCAUGAUGUUUGUGCCAAAAUUGAGGCCAUCAAAGAGGCAUUUGUCGAAACCUUGUGAUUAUAGCAACCUAGUCGAAUGAGCCGCUAGAUAUUGAAGGCCAUGUGUGUACACGAAAGCACAGGCACUGCACUUCUCUGGUACUUAUAUACAAAAUUGUAGUUGUAUCGCGUAUACAAUUGUAGCAACUGUUUAUACAUGCUGAUUACUAUUCACCGUUGUACUUGGGCCCUCCAAAAUUAGCGGUGGUAUUUCAUUCUUUUAUCUCAA